CUUGUCGGUAGCGCUUCCUGGUCCACGUAUUUAGAAGAUCACCAACAUCCCCUCUGACAGAUAAUGAAAUCUGACCGUUUUGGUCCAAAGUGGUUUUAUCCUUCAUGUUCGCCCGUUAAACCCCGGCGAUAGCCCGGUGACCGGAGACAUCCUGAGGCUCGGGCGUCGUCAAACACGGUUUCAAAAUGUCCUGGUUUACCGACUUGGCUGGGAAAGCUGAAACCUUCCUGAACAAAGUGGACCAAGGAGCUGCCACGGCCCUGAGCACAACCCAGGAGAGAACGUCCUCCUUCUCGUCGCCCUACGGAGGAGAAUCCUAUGUCAAUCCUGAGUACAACGCUGCCGGGUACAAGACCGACGCCGCCGGGACAGAUCAUCACGCCUAUGCGUCCUCUCACGAUGCACCGGGCUUCAUCUCUGCAGCGGCUGGCAACAUCAAGAGAUCCAGUGCGACCUUGCUCGCUGGCACAGCCAAUGUGGCCACCAGUACCCUGUCUGGUUCCGGCAGCAGCGCCGCCUCCAACUCUGCCAAGACGUCGUCCGGCUUUGUGAGGCCCAGAAAAAGUGAGCAGGAUGUGGACGACGACAUGCUCUUUGACUUUCUGAACAGCUCGGACCCCCCGGCCAGCAACAGGAGGGAUUCAAGAAGGGAACUUGUGAAAGUGGCAGUACCAGUUGCUGAGGCCCAAGACCUGACACCUCCCCCUGCCGCCAUCACUCCUUAUACAAUCCCCUCAGCCCCGUCCACGCCCCCCGCAACCCGCGGCGUGUCCAGGGCAUCGAGCAUGAGUUCGCUCUCUGCUCACAGCAUGAAAAAUUCAGAGGAGAGCUCCGCUAAAGAGCAAAGCCAAGACACACCUGAGAGUUCAGACUCGGGCUUGGCUGUGCCUCAGGAGUCCAGGAGGCAGGAGCCUCCGCCCCCAACAGAGGAGCCACAAAGCCAGAUCUUGUCCAGCCUGCGUCUGGAGAACCAGCUGCUGCGUAGUGAAGUGGCUUCCCUCAACCAGGAGAUGGCUUCAGUCAUCCAGAGAGCAAAAGACUUGCAAGACGAAUUGAACCAGGCCAGAUUACGUGCAGACAGAAGGAACUCGGAGCAGUCUCAUACUGACCGUACGUUGCGGGAACUUCGGUCACAUGUCGAUGACCUGACGGAGGCUCUUUCGGCCAAAGACGGUCAACUGGCAGUGCUGAAAAUCCGACUGGAUGAAGCCGAUCAGCUACUGAAGUCCCGCUGUGCUGCACUGGAGGAGGCGCAGAAGGAAAGUACAAGGAUUAUGCUUGAUCAUUCAGAAGGGAGCAACGUGCAGUCUCAAGCUCUUGAGACGAUUCAGGAGAGGCUGCGAGAGGCUGAUCUGGCCCUCAGGAGGGAACAGGACAGCUACCGGCAGAUGCAGAGUGAAUACGCCGGUCGACUGUCCAAACUCGAGGCGGAGAGGCAGACCCUUGCGGAGACGGUGACCGCAGCAGAUCGACGCGCUGCAGAGGAGAGGCUCAGGGUGGACGACGUCCAGCAGCAACUGAAAAGUGCCAAAGCCACAGCGGAGUCGGCAAAGCAGGAGUUACAAGACUACAAGCACAAAGCUUCCCGCAUCCUACAAUCCAAAGAGAAGCUGAUCAGCAGUUUGAAGGAGGGAUCUGGUCUUGACACCCUGGACGGCGGCGGGGCCAUUGCUCUGGAGCUGGAGGAGGUGCGUCACGAGAAAGAGCUGCAGAGGGAGGAGAUCCAAAAACUACAGGGGCAAGUGCACACACUUCGUACAGAAAUACAGGAUUUGGAGAACCAGGCCCUGACGGAGGCGGAGGCGUGGCGGGAGCAGCAGGUGCAGCUGCAGGAGCAACAAGCCUUACAGAACAGAGUGAAACAGGAGGUGGAGGCUGAGGUUGAGCGCUACAAACAGGAGCUGCAGUACCUUGAGGAAGAGCAGCAUCGAGCCAAAAUCACUCUGCAAAGUCGAAUCAAAGACCGAGAAGAUGAAAUCCAAAAACUCAGGAACCAGUUGACCAACAAGACUCUCAGCAGCAGCAGCCAAACGGAGCUGGAAAAUCGCCUCCACCAGCUGACGGAGACGCUGAUCCAGAAGCAGACGAUGCUGGAGGCCCUGGGCACAGAAAAGAGUUCGCUGGCGUUCCAGCUGGAGCGUCUGGAGCAGCAGCUGAAGGACGCUCAGGGAGGACAGAGUGGGGGGCCCUCCAUCAACAUGAGCGGCCUCGAGGGGCCGGGGGCAGGAGCUCGGCAAAGAAACACCCCAGUCCUCUUCAGCGAUCAGGACAGUCCAGGAAUGUACGGCAAAGUGCGCAAGGCAGCGAGCACCAUUGACCGUUUCAGCAUCAGAUUGGGAAUCUUCUUGAGGCGCUACCCGAUUGCCAGAGUUUUUGUUAUCCUAUACAUGGCUGUACUACACCUGUGGGUCAUGAUUGUCCUUCUGACGUACACACCAGAAAUGCACCACGGGCUUCCUGAUGGAAGAUAGAGGGGCGUGAACACAACAUUUGAGAUUUUAAAGAUGUUUUGCUCCAUUGCCUUCGUUGUAAGGACGGUAUAUAAGCUGCUGGAAUAUGGGCCCCGGGACCCGACCCCUCCCUGUUUUGCACAGAAAUGUGAUGAAUUGAAGACAUUUUGCUCUUUAUUCUUCUUUUGUUCAUUCUCACUGAAGAUUGAUAGCUGAGCGCUGCAUUAUGUUUUAAAAAUAAUUACAGAGUGAUCUACGGUUACUGUUGGUCUGCUGAAAGGACAUUAAAUCAAUCAUGAGUUCA